UCUCUCGUUAUGUAUGACCACACAACUUUCGUCAGCACAAAACCCUAAACCCUAAUUUAAAGCCAAGCCAAACAACCCAAACCCUCUCCUCUCUGACCUCCAAUUCCUCAUCCCUUGCUUCAUACUUUCCAAUUUGCCAUGGCCGCCGCCACCGCCUUGCUCCGUUCUCUCCGCCGCCGAGAAGUUCCCACUUCCUCUAUCUCCGCCUUUCGAUCGUUGACAAGUGGCACAAAGACAUCGUAUGUAGGUCACAAGUGGGCUAGUUUGUCUCGACCAUUCAGUUCAAAGCCUGCUGGUAAUGAUGUCAUUGGAAUUGAUCUGGGCACUACCAAUUCAUGUGUUGCUGUUAUGGAGGGAAAGAAUCCUAAAGUCAUUGAGAAUUCUGAAGGAGCUCGAACAACACCAUCAGUAGUUGCCUUUAACCAGAAAGGGGAGCUUCUUGUUGGUACACCUGCCAAGCGUCAGGCUGUGACUAACCCUACAAACACUCUUUUUGGAACCAAGCGAAUGAUUGGUAGGCGGUUUGAUGAUCCUCAAACCCAGAAGGAGAUGAAGAUGGUACCAUUCAAGAUUGUUAAGGCACCCAAUGGAGAUGCUUGGGUUGAAGCCAAUGGACAGCAGUACUCUCCCAGCCAAAUUGGUGCUUUUGUUCUCACCAAGAUGAAGGAAACUGCUGAAUCAUAUCUUGGAAAGUCAGUUUCAAAAGCUGUAAUCACUGUACCAGCUUACUUCAAUGAUGCACAAAGGCAGGCAACAAAAGAUGCUGGCAGAAUUGCUGGUCUUGAUGUCCAGAGAAUCAUCAACGAGCCCACUGCUGCCGCACUUUCAUAUGGGAUGAACAACAAGGAGGGUCUCAUUGCAGUUUUUGAUCUUGGAGGUGGAACUUUUGAUGUGUCCAUCUUAGAGAUUUCUAAUGGUGUUUUUGAGGUGAAAGCAACAAAUGGUGACACCUUCUUGGGAGGAGAGGAUUUUGAUAAUGCUUUAUUGGACUUUCUAGUGAAUGAAUUCAAAAAAUCUGAGAGUAUUGACCUUUCAAAGGAUAGGCUUGCCUUGCAGAGGCUUCGGGAAGCUGCUGAGAAAGCAAAAAUAGAACUUUCUUCAACAUCUCAAACAGAAAUCAAUCUUCCUUUCAUCACUGCCGAUGCAUCUGGUGCAAAGCAUUUGAAUAUCACAUUGACUAGAUCCAAGUUUGAGGCUUUAGUAAACCACUUGAUUGAAAGGACAAAGGCACCGUGUAAAAGCUGCUUGAAGGAUGCUAACGUAUCUAUCAAGGAUGUUGAUGAGGUUCUUCUUGUUGGAGGGAUGACCCGUGUGCCUAAAGUCCAGAAUGUGGUUUCAGAGAUCUUUGGAAAGAGUCCUAGCAAAGGAGUAAAUCCUGAUGAGGCAGUUGCCAUGGGAGCUGCUAUUCAAGGUGGUAUCUUACGCGGAGAUGUUAAAGAGCUAUUACUCCUCGACGUCACUCCACUUUCUCUGGGUAUUGAGACUCUGGGUGGUAUAUUUACCAGGUUGAUCAACCGUAACACCACAAUUCCUACGAAAAAAAGCCAGGUGUUUUCAACAGCAGCUGACAAUCAGACUCAGGUUGGUAUCAAAGUUCUACAAGGUGAGCGAGAAAUGGCUUCAGACAACAAAUCGCUUGGAGAAUUUGAGCUUGUUGGCAUUCCUCCAGCCCCAAGAGGUAUGCCUCAGAUUGAAGUCACAUUUGACAUUGACGCCAACGGGAUUGUUACCGUCUCUGCCAAAGACAAAUCCACUGGUAAAGAACAGCAAAUCACCAUCCGAUCAUCUGGAGGACUCUCAGAAGAUGAGAUCGAUAAGAUGGUCAAGGAAGCAGAGUUGCAUGCUCAAAAAGACCAAGAAAGGAAGACUCUCAUUGACAUUAGAAACAGUGCAGAUACAACCAUCUACAGCAUUGAGAAGAGUUUAGGUGAAUAUAGAGAGAAGAUUCCAAGUGAAGUGGCCAAAGAGAUUGAAGAUGCAGUAUCAGAUUUGAGAACGGCAAUGGCAGGGGAGAAUGCUGAUGAAAUUAAGGCAAAGCUUGAUGCAGCGAACAAAGCUGUUUCCAAGAUUGGAGAGCACAUGUCAGGUGGUUCUAGUGGUGGUUCCUCCACUGGGGGUUCCCAGGGUGGUGACCAGGCUCCCGAGGCGGAGUAUGAAGAAGUCAAGAAGUGAGAUAUUUAAGGCAUGGUUGCUUUUGUUUCUUCCCAUUAAUCAUCACAUAAUUGCAAGAAUACAAGUUUACUUUGUAUCUAAUGUUGAAAAAAAGCCAUUUUUUUCUAGAAGGCUCUUGAUUUGUAGCACUUUUGGAGUCCGAACACGGCUGCUUGAAUAACGAUAUCGAAUUUUUUGCAUAAAA